AUGCUUCCCCCUCGCCUCACAAGUCGGAUACCGGGGGCCAUCCGGCCAACCCGGCUACCAUGCACUCACAGUCUUCGCCACCCCUCUCGCGCAUUCACGGCAAAGUCCCGACUUGAGCUCGUAUCCCCCCCAUACGUCAGGCCACAGCUCCCCUUCCUCUCUCCACUGGCAAGCAGCCGCGCUGUGCCGCCGUUGUCGAUUCAUCUCCGCCAGCAUUUCGCGCGCCUGAUCUCGACGGAGAGUCGCGAGCAUUACAAACGGCGUCUUUCCCGCGGCCUCCGCAUCGGCCUGUCGUUCUAUGCUAUCCUGGUCCUGUUCCAGGUGAUCAAGCUGGGUGUUUAUCAGGAGGAAAUCGAGCAUCAAUGGCCGACGCCGCAGGAAUGGUCUUGGAAGAGUCGGUGGUGCUUGCGCUCUGCGCAGGCGCUGCAACAUCCUGAGGAUAUCGGGAAGCUGAUGACCAAUUGGCCCAUGGUGGCGGGGUAUCUGAAGGAAUUGCUGGAGCGGUUGGAGGAUCCAGCGGGUGAAGGGAAGGGUAUUGUUGAGCAAGGGGAUGGCGGGUUUUGGUGGAGGGCGCUGAUGGGGGCGGCGAAAGCGGCGGAGAAUCUGGAGGGCUGGUUGACGGACCGGAAGCAGCGUAUCUCUGCGCCGGCGGAAUAUGUGGUCGGUCCCUCGAACCCGCGUCCGAAGCCUAUGCCUGCGGGUCAGAAGAAGGUGCCGCGGGAGGAGGAUUGCGAGCAGGCUUCUCCGAGCCCCGAGGUCUUCUACAUGAAGAUCCUGACUACGCGUGGGUUUGAUACUCGGCAGAAGCUAGAUGCUGCCCUCGCUUACGCGGAUUGGCUGGACUAUAAGGGGUUGCAGGAUACUGCGAGCGACAUGUACAAUUGGGCUAUGGACAUCGCGGCCUCUGGGUCACCGGUGGACGCCGGGAAGGUGGUGGAUGUGAAAACGGGAGUUCUUAAGAAUGAUGGCAAGUCCUUGCCGUCGGAAAAUAUACUGCGUGUCUCGACCGCGCUUGCGGUUUACCAUGCCCGACAUAACAACCUUCCCACCGCUCUCUCCAUCUUUACCUCCGUUCUGAAAGCCCGCCGUUCUCUACCGCCGCCACCUCCUGGCACGAUUAUCCCCAAACUCCCAUCUCUACACAAGUCUAAGGACCCGUUCCGUUACCUUUUCGACUCAAUUAAGAUCAUGCUCGUCCCCGUUGAAUAUCCCGCACCUCUCCCAUCUGGAAACGAACCGCCACUCCGGACUGCUACCUCCGCCUGCGAUGAGGCUGGGCUCAUGACUUACAUUGGCGAGAUUAUCUAUGCCUCAUCCUCCAAAGAAAAGGGUCUUGCCUGGACCCGCGACGCAGUUGACACAGCCGAAGCUACCAUGCUCGAGCUCGGCGAAUCCGACCGUAUUCCCCGACACCGCUGCGCGGAGUGCCUCCGUGUAGGCUUGGAGAACUGGAAGACGAUGGUCUCCCGACUUGUCGCCAAGGCCGAGAAAGAAGAGCAGGAAAGCAUUCAGAAUGUCGGACGCUCCUGGUUCGGCGGCCAGAAGCAGGUCGAAGCUAAGUCCGUGGAACGGAAGAGAUGGGAAGCUGAAAAUCUGAUCCUUGACGACCGAAUUCGGCGACUUUGGCCGAUGAUUGACGGGGAGUCUGGGCUGGAAGGGAUUGCGCCCAAUAGCUCAUUGUUUGUAUGA